CCCGGGAGGAUGUAAAGGUCUGCGAUGGACAGUCAGGAUGGCCACGAGCUCUGAAGCGCAGCCACAGCUCGAUCGUAUCUGGAGUCUGGGCCUUGGAACGGGAGCAUCAAGUAGUGCUCGCUGGUGCUGGUGACGGGAGGGGAAGACUUUAUAUCCCGCGCAUUUAUGGCCGUUUCAGUCAAAACCUUCCACCCCACCCGCGGGGAUCCAUAAUGAGUUGCCGUAUAAAGAUGGCCGAGGUACUUUUGGCCCCUAGCUCUGAGAUGGGGAGAGUUCUGGUAACUGCGGCGAGCUUCGUCGGAUCGACGAAUGGGGAGCAUCUGACCCGUCCGCCAGCUUCUGUACUGAAUCUGCAGGCCGCAGCUUGCAGUCUGUGGCGAGAAGGCAUCAUGGACACUUGGGAGUCUCAUGAUCAGUUGUAGCCAGAGCUCAUGAUACGCCAUUCAUUACUGUGGGCUGUCCGGGUGUGAAGCUUGAAGGGAAGAACACCGACUCUUACUCACGGUAUGUCUCUUAUAGUAAAUGGCGCAUGCUUUCACUUAUUGGGUGUAUGAAAUACAGGCGUGAAGUUGCACCUCGCAGCUUCUGCUUCAUUAUCGUCCAGCUGCCGCUGCCACUCUGCCGAGCCUCCCAUCAGAGUCUUGGACCCCUCCCAUCGCCCUGCUCUCCCGCUCAUGGUGCCGCUCCCCACCAUCAGGUCCCGAGAAUGAGGAGCUUCUUGUCCUGCUGCUGUUGUGCAGCGUAAAACAUCUCAUGCUUGUCGACUCCAUCGCCGGCUCUUCUGGAAGGCCGAGCCGUUCCUUAGGAUACCACCCUCCUGAUUUACCUCGUUCAACCAGUCCUUUUUAUUUGCGACCCCAGCAUUCCGCUGUGCUGCUCUGCAUUGCUGCCGCCCACUCGCCCAUCGUCGGUGCCGCUAGGUCUGGUUGUCUUGGCCCCUUGUCUUGCAUUGUCCAGCAAUCCAUUGUUCUCCCAGAGGUGCGGACUAUCAUCCGGGUGAGCCGUCGACCGUCCGUCCGGCCCAAGGCUCUGGAACUGCAAAAUGGACGAGGACAUGGACAGCAAGAAGAAUGGGGACAGUAGAAGGAGUAGUAACGGGACAGCCCACCAGGUUUCUGACGCAGAAUCGGACGAACAGUAUGAAGCGCAAUUUGAAACUCUGGAAGAGGAGAGGCUGGUCAAACUCAUGAGAGCUUCCGUUGUGAAGUUGGAACCUGAAUUGAAGGAUGUUGACGAUGCAACGCUCAGACGGUUUCUCCGAGCGAGGCAAAAAAAGGUGGACAAGGCAACCAAAAUGUUUGUGGACCAUUUUCGGUGGCGUCGCACAUUCGUGCCUCUUGGUUACAUUCCAGAGGAGGAAGUACAGAAUGAGCUCGACGCCGAGAAAGUUUUUCUUCAAGGGAACGACAAAGCCGGUCGUCCUAUUGGUUUAAUCAUAGCAGCAAAGCACGACGCCUACAAGCGAAAUCUUAACGAGUUCAAACGAUAUUGCGUAUAUAACUUCGACAAAUGUGUUGCCAGCAUGGCUCCCGGGGAGGAGAAAUUCACGAUUAUUGUCGACUUACAAGGUCUCGGAUACAAGAAUCUUGAUCCCCGUGGCUGGACCUGCAUAUUCGAUUUCUUACAGGGCCAUUAUCCAGAACGAAUAAGAAGAAUUUUCAUGAUUCAUGUCCCGUAUAUUUUCUAUGGUGCUUGGAAGCUCGUCAGUCCAUUCAUUGACAAGGUCACCAGGGAUAAGAUAGUGUUUGUCGGUGAUAAAGUUUUACUGGAAACUCUUUUGGAGGAAAUCGAUGUCGAUCAGCUGCCAAAAGUCUACGGUGGACGAAAAGAGUUAGUACCGAUACAGUUCGCGGUUACACCGAACUGGCCUCCGAAACAUAUGGAAGCGUCUCAGACUUCUUGAAGGUGUCUAUAGACUUAAGGGAUAGCACUUAGAUAGCGCUUUACACGCAGCGGCACAGGUGUAGUUACUGUAGAUCUACGAGUUUCAUCUUAGUCAUCAAGAGCAGCUAUGUAUCUGUGUAUAUUUACAUUGAUUGCCGAUUCUUCCAGCUUAGGUCAUUUGUACGUUCUAACUUGCUCUUAUGAUACCUAUAACCAAUAACUUUUGCACUCUUUCACGCUUAU